AUGGAGGAAAGUAAAGCAUCAGGCAGGCUUAUAUGUUCAAGCACAGUAGCACAUUGGUCAGAGAUCAUUGAGAUGCUAAAGACCAAAUAUCCAAUUUAUCCAUAUGAAGACAAGUGCAGCAGUCAAGAAGGAGACAACAACCCACAUAGCAUAGGCAGCAGCAAGAUUCUUCAGCUGGGUCUCCCGGCUUUAACAACACUUGAUCAAAUGUUUGAUGACUGCAUCAAAAGUUUCCAACAGAAGGGAUUUCUUUGAAGGUCAACAUAUCUUCUGCAAGUUCAUUCAGCUAAUUGGGCUGUAGUUUUCUACAUUAUUAGAUUGUGUUGUACAAACUAAAAACAUAUGGAGCAGACUUAUAUGAAUGUUCCGGCAAUUGGGAAAAGAAAAUUCAAUAUUAUAUUGAGUUGUAGGUGAUGUCUUUGCACCAAAACUUUCUAAAACUGUGCUGUAUAUUGUCUGUUCUAGUCAAACGAAACAUUUUUAACUGCUUAGGGAACUCAAGUCAAU